AUCCCCGAGUGCCGCGGCAGCGAUCGGACUCCUUGCCCUCGCCGCCUGCCAGCCGCCCUGAGUCAGCAAACCACAGAGAGGCGAGGACCUCCCAUUUUCCUAGACAGAACAAGUGGGCGUUAGGGGCGCGGGUGAGUGGCAAGAACAACCAACCCGGAAGCGAAACGAGGGGGAACUUCCGUUCUUUGUUCUGUCCCCGGUGUGCGGGUCUGUGACAGGGUCCAACAGGGCCUGGUUCGUGUCCGGCCCCCGACAUUUCUCGUCCCUGCCCACCAGGCAUUGGCAUCGACAAAAGUGAGAAUUCCCAGGAACUUGAAUAGAAGCUGCUAAAUUGCCAGUAAUUGCUUCUUUGGCCUUCUAGGGACUGACUUCAAAGAAGGAAGGAAAGAAUCAGGCAGUGCUUCCUCAUUCUCCUUCAAAACCUGCUUUCCGCUGAGUCUGCACCUAGGAGACCAGAGAGCACCUUGCCCUUCCCAUGGAAACUCAGGCCGAUCUCGUAUCUCAGGAACCUCAGGCCCUGCUUGAGAGUGCUCUUCCUUCAAAAGUUCCUGCCUUUUCUGACAAGGACAGCCUGGGAGAUGAGAUGUUGGCAGCUGCGCUCCUAAAGGCCAAGUCCCAGGAGCUGGUGACAUUUGAGGAUGUAGCUGUGUACUUCAUCCGGAAGGAGUGGAAACGUUUGGAACCUGCUCAGAGGGACCUCUAUAGAGAUGUGAUGCUGGAGAAUUAUGGGAAUGUGUUCUCACUGGAUCUGGCGUCUGGAAUUGAGCUCUGGGACUCUCGAGAUGGUGAGACCAGAACUGAAAAUGAUCAAGCAGUUUCUGAAGACACAAGAUCACAUGGGGUCCUGCUGGGAAGAUUUCAAAAGGAUAUGUCUCAGGGUCUUAAGUUUAAAGAAGCCUAUGGACAAGAGGUCAGUCUAAAGAGGCCACUGGGGAACUCCCCUGGAGAAAGAUUGAACAGGAAAAUGCAAGAUUUUGGCCAAGUGACAGUUGAGAAGCUAACCCCCAUGGGAGAGAGAAGUGAGAAAUACAGUGAUUUGGGGAACAGCUUCACUGUGAAUUCCAACCUUAUCUCACAUCAGAGACUUCCUGUGGGAGACAGACCCCACAAGUGUGAUGAAUGUAGCAAGAGCUUUAAUCGAACUUCAGACCUUAUUCAGCAUCAGAGAAUCCAUACCGGGGAAAAGCCCUAUGAAUGUAAUGAGUGUGGAAAGGCCUUCAGCCAGAGCUCACACCUUAUUCAGCAUCAGAGAAUCCACACUGGGGAGAAACCUUAUGAAUGUAGUGAUUGUGGGAAAACCUUCAGUUGUAGCUCUGCCCUCAUUCUGCAUCGGAGGAUCCACACAGGGGAGAAACCCUAUGAAUGUAAUGAGUGUGGGAAGACCUUCAGCUGGAGCUCCACCCUCACCCACCAUCAGAGAAUCCACACUGGUGAGAAACCCUAUGCCUGUAAUGAAUGUGGGAAGGCCUUCAGUAGGAGCUCCACCCUUAUUCACCAUCAGAGAAUCCACACUGGAGAAAAACCUUAUGAAUGUAAUGAGUGUGGGAAGGCCUUCAGCCAGAGCUCACACCUCUAUCAGCACCAGAGAAUCCACACUGGAGAGAAGCCCUACGAAUGUAUGGAAUGCGGAGGAAAGUUUACCUACAGUUCAGGCCUUAUUCAGCAUCAAAGAAUCCACACCGGGGAGAACCCCUAUGAAUGUAGCGAGUGUGGGAAAGCCUUCAGGUACAGCUCAGCUCUUGUUCGCCAUCAGAGAAUUCACACUGGAGAAAAGCCUUUGAAUGGGAUGGGCAUGAGCAAAAGCUCCCUCAGAGUUACAACCAAGUUAAAUAUCAGAGAGUCCACAUGAAAGAGCCACACACCCAUUUUCCUCACUUUCCCUGAGUCUCAAGAGUUUUUGCCUUAUUCUAUAAAUCUCAACAGCUUAGGAUGUGUUCCUUCCAACUCAGACCUUUCACUUCAGAGAAUGGGGCAGACUGGGCGAAUCGGUGAAUUUUCCUGGAAAUUGCACCAGCCCUGGAAAGUGACAAGGCAGGCAGGCAGAUGGCGUGCUGGGAAUCGAAAGCAGCUCUGGGACCAGUCACCCCAUUUAGGAAAGGAGUUUGCACUAAACCCUUUUUUUCCUCACAGCAGAGGAACCUUUCCAAGGUGGGGAUGGAAGCACAGUUGGGUCAGAAUUCCAUGGAUUCCUUUAGCUGGAGUCCAUGUAGUCCGCACAGCCAGCAGUGGAAAGGAGGCUCUGGGUCCUGUUAUUUGCUAGGGAGGGGAAAGGGAGGCUGUAUUUCAAAGCUACUGUUCCUAGUCCAGCUUUAAGUUUUGAUAAGGAACAUGGUGUUUUGUUUCAUGAUUUCAUUAAUUACGGAAAUUUGUCAUCGAGAUUUUUAUUGAGGGUGGAAGAUUCAGAAACAUCUGUGAUGAUGGUGUCUUUUAGGGCUCUUAGAGCAGCCAGACCAUGUUUCUAAGAGAAACCUGGUGAUAUUGCUGGAAGACACCUCCACACUCCACCCCCCCCCCACCCCGCUGCACCCAGUUGUCAUGGGGCUGACUGGGUGUAUCUAUCCAAGCAGCUAUGAGGGAAAGAGUCAGAAGCACUUAGCAUUGGCCUCUGAUUCCUGUCCUCUCCUGUCAUCUUUCCACUCCUAUGAUGAAAGUGAUUUUCUCUAAAUGCUUGGUUAAGGAUGCUUUCAAGGACCUUACUUAGCCUGGCUGCCCUGCCCUCUCACCUCUGCCAUCUGGCCCCAGUAGCUGGACUGCUUCUGCCUCCAUCUCUGAUUCUUCAGCAGCUGAAGAUUAAUGCAGAUAAAGAGCAAGGCCCAAAAGGAAGGAAAAAAAAAAAAAAAAAGUGAAGCCCAGAGAAGGCAGGCCUGGUGGCAGCACCACCUAAGCCUGGUGGCAGAGCUCCUUGCCGGGUGAGGAUGGUGCUCCCUGACUUUUCCCAACCGACAGGAUGACCUUCCAUUGUUUUCCCAACCCUGUUCAUCCUGUAGCAUAAAUGAAGUGCACUAUUAAACAGAAUAGUUUUUCAGGAGA